ACCUAAUUCCCUAUCCCCAAUGGCCCAAUCCUGUGUGAGGUCCUACCAGAAAGGCCAGCGUGUUUGCAUUCUAAGAUGUGUUCUGUAGCUUCAGCAUCCCAAGGCUUUUACGGAAAUCUUGGCAUUUUUUAAAAGGCGGGGAGAGAAGCCGGUAGAUGAGAAUCGGGAACGGGCCCAACUUUUCCUGUCUCCAGAUCCCCGCGUUGGGAGGGCAGGUGGCCGCUGCGGCCCAGGUGCCUCUCCUCGCGAGGAAGGAGGGGGCCGCUGACCCGGCGCGGCCAGGCGGAAGCACCUCUGCCAUUGGCCCAGCGGCGACUUUUACCUGCGCGGAGCCCCGUGGCCUGAGCUCAAAGUCCGCGGCAUCCGGCCGGGGAGGCGGCGGUUGGCAGUGCAGGUGGGCUCCCACCCUUGGCUAGGCAAGAUGCCCCUGGGGCUGCGGAGAAAGAUGAAAACCAAGUCCAAGGAUACUGCCCGGCUGGUGAAGGGCGAGCAGGCGGGCGCGAGCGGCGGCAGCCUCCCGGACCCCCCGGUUCCGACACACAAGCUGGUUUUCCACACGCAGCUGGCGCACGGCAGCGCCACGGGCCGAGUGGACAAUUUCUCCAGCAUCCAGGAGCUCUACGCCAAGAUUGCGGCAGUGUUCGAGAUUUCGGCGUCGGAGAUCUUAUACUGCACGUUAAACACACCUAAAGUUGAUAUGGAAAGACUCUUAGGAUCACAGAUAGGUCUUGAAGAUUUUAUAUUUGCCCAUGUGAAAGGGAUCAAAAAGGAAGUAAAUAUACAUAAAUCUGAGGAUUCACUUGGUCUCACCAUUACAGAUAAUGGUACUGGCUAUGCUUUUAUAAAGAGAAUUAAAGAUGGUAGCCUAAUUGACUCCAUUAAAACCAUCUGUGUGGGGGAUCAUAUUGAAUCCAUAAAUGGAGAAGAUAUCAUUGGGUGGCGUCACUAUGAUGUUGCUAAAAAGUUAAAGGAAUUAAAAAAAGAUGAACCCUUUACCUUGAAGUUAAUAGAACCUAAGAAGGCAUUUGAAAUAGAGCCAAGGUCAAAAGCUGGAAAGUCCUCAGCAGGAAAAAUUAGUACUGGAAGGGAGACACUUCGCCUGAGAUCAAAGGGUCCUGCCACCGUGGAAGAAAUGCCCUCUGAAGCCAAAACAAAAGCAGUUGAGAAGAUUGAUGAUCUUCUUGAAUUGUACAUGGGAAUUCGAGAUCCUGAGUUAGCUACCACAAUGUUUGAAGCUGGAAAGGACAAAGGUAAUCCAGAUGAAUUUGCUGUGGCACUUGACGAAACUCUUGGAGACUUUGCGUUCCCAGAUGAAUUUCUCUUUGAUGUUUGGGGAGCCAUCGGUGAUGUGAAACGAGAAUGAUUAUGAUGUGGAUGAUCCAUCUCUGGAGAAAUGAACCAUUCUUCCUUUUUUGAAAUCCCAUAAGAUCUGUUUUUAGACACUGUUACGGACUCUGGUUUGGUCUUAUGUGUAUGAAAUACCUUCUUUGAAAUAUAAUUUUGGUUUCUGGGUAUCUUCUAAUGCAGUUUCAUAUGUGCUAUUCUUAAGAUAAAUUACCUAAAAUAUCAAUUUAAA